AUGGAGCUCAUGACUUCGAAGUACACUAUCGACCUUGUGGACCGGCAUGUGGCCGCCAUUCGGAAGCUGUGCAAAGUCUGCUGCAACGGCUUCCUGCUGAAGCACCUGGAGGCCUUGGUGGAUUUGCUACAUCUGGCUGUCGAGCGUUUCGCGCAAGGCCAAGAUUUGGCACAGGCGCUCUGUGAUUUCACUCGAGUGGCAUCACAGCCCUUCGUGAGCUGCAAGACGUCCGACAUGAUCACCUACGGCCACCACCUGCCAGCGUUCAUCAAGGGCUUGGUUAGCGUCCUGAGCUACACGCUGCCACCCACGGCCACGGCUGGGCUCGAGCAGCGGAAGGCCAUGUUCGAGCGCCUGCGCAUCGAGGUGGCCCACACCCUGGCUUGCUGGGCCCGGUUUGGCCUCGAUGAAGACAGCGUCGAGCUCCUCCCGAACCAGCCGCUGAUCCAAGCCGUGGCCGACUCCGGGACUCCGAACUUGCGGAUCUUGCGCCAGUCCAAUGUCAUGGAUGCUGUCUCUGCUUCAUUCCGUUCGGAAGAUAGCCCGGAGUCGAUCGUCAUCACGCUCGGCGCAAUCCGUGAUAUGUCGCUGUACAGGCCCCUUGCGUGCCAGAUCACAAAUUGCGGCCUCAUAUCCAACCUCGUGCAUGUCAUCCGGGUGAACUUGCUGGGAUCGGACGUGCUGCUCGUGGCAGCUGAGGUGCUGUGGAACGUUCUCGAGCUAGACUGGGAUGGUGCCACGGAAGCGCUUGGCCAAGAAGAGGUCAUCGAGUCCUUCCGGGACUUCAUGAACGCCGUGCUCACGCGGGGCUACCGCUUCAAGGACAAGAUCUUCCGGAACGACAUGAUGGUCCUGCUGAUGUACAUCUCCAAGCGGGUGGAGAACCGCACGCUCUUCGCGUCCACGGGGCUUAUGGCACUUCUUCUCAGCUACGCAGUUUCAGAGGCACGACGUAAGGAGCUCUUACAGAGUGGUGUUCUCGAGAGGUGCCUGCAGGAGGUCCGGGUGCUGCCGGAUCUUGGUGACGGAGCCAAGGCUUCGAAGGGCAUUCCUUUAACAAACACCCAAGAGGACAUGGAGUUCAGAACGCUGCUUUGGGGCACCCUCGCGCGAUGCUGCUCCUCGGAACCGUGCGCAGAGGCUGCUGUGCAGUUUGGCUUCGUGGAGUCCCUCCUGGACUGUUUAGAUGCCGAGGCCCCUCCCGAGAAGUGGAGCCAGGAGCAGCGGCGCCAGGUCCAGUUAGAAGCCUUGUCCUCCUUGUUCCAGCUGGUACAAUACGUGCCGGAUGCGUUCAUGGAGGCCCAGGGCAAUGCCAUGGUGCUUCAGCUGCUGCAGGCAACACGCAGCCGAGAAGUGCAGAAGAAGUGCCUCCACCUCUUGCAGGUGGCCGUGCGAAUGGGGCCGCAUUUUGCAGAGAACCUGGGCCAGCUCGGAGCUGUGGGGACUUUGGUGGAGCUCUUCACCGACAAGGACAACCCUAUGACCUCGAGGCAAAUGUGUGCUUCAGUGCUAGCCACCAUGUGUAAGGAGUAUCCUGAAAACGCCCGCGAGUUCCGCAAGAAAGACGGCGUGGAGGCUAUGCGCGAUGAGGUGGUGUACCGGCCGGGAGAGACAACCGACAACCACCUCUUUUACAGCCUCUGCGUUGUGGAUUGUGUUUGGAACUCUGUGGUUGGAACACGGAAGAACGAGAUCCGAUUCCUAGAUGCAGGUGGCUUGUUCGCACUUUUGGACUGCCUCGAGGUGGCUCCAAUGAUCCUCAAGCGGCAGAUCAUUGGAUGCCUUGCCGAUCUUAUGGAGUACAAGAAGGCCUCAGAGAAGCGAGGCAAGGAGGUCAAGGGGUUCGAGUCGAAUUGCUGCGAGGCUGCGAAGCUGUUCACACAGUGGAACUCGCAGGUCACGAUGAAGGGUGCUCUCAGACUCCUCCUUGAACUUUGGCAAUGCGAGCAACAGGCGGCUGGGAAUUUAUCUCCAGACGGCGUGAUUCGUGACCUCGAACAGCCUCUGAACCCGCGAGCUCCACCGACCUUAGCACUCGGUGAGCUGAUCGAUGAUGGAGACAGCACGGUCACCAGCACCAGCCGCUUGGCGGGGAAGUUUCGGCAUGCCAAGAACUUUGCGGACACCGCCGGGACCGGCAACACGAACGCUGGCACCACGAACGGGACCACGGCCACGGUGACCAGCCUUUCGAGGACGCGCCGUGCGAAGAUCUACGCGGUGCUGAAGUGCAUCGGCUUCGAGUGCCAAGAGACCCUCAGCAUCGCGGAGAGGCAACAGAUGGAGCUGGUGAAGCUCUAUCCCAUGGCAGUGGAGCUUGAGAUGUGGAUCAAGGUGCAGGAGAGUUUGGCCAUCAGGGGCAUCAAGCCGGUGAGCGCCGACCGACAGUGGAUUGAGGAUUGCGUCACGGAGCGGAAAGACCAAGCCGCCUGGGUCCAAAACAUCCAGAAGAAGCUCGCCGAAGAGAGGCAACGCGAAGAAGAGGCAAGCCUGGAGCGCUUCUACAAGGACUUGCGCGGUCGUGCUCAGAUCCAAAGGAUGCCGCAGCCACCUGGUGCGCGAGACACGCUUCCCCUGAGCUUCUCCCAGUUUUAG